UUUAUAACACUGAUGUGCAUUUAUAAUAGUUACAGCUAGCUGAAAAUGUUGGGGCUUCUAGUUGCUGGAAUUAGUACUGUUGGACUGCUCUAUGCUACAUGGAAAUGCCUCCAUCAAAAGCCCCUCCAAUCCUACCCCAAUCUACAAGGGAAAGUGGCUAUCAUUACAGGCUCUAACACUGGUAUUGGAUUUGAGACUGCGUUGGAUUUUGCUACUAGAGGAGCUAGAGUGAUUGUGGCUGCUCGAAACGUGUCCAAAGGAGAGAAAGCUGCUUCGGACAUUAGGAAGGAAAGUAGCAAUACCAACGUCGUUUUCAAGCAAUUGGAUUUGGCUUCUCUACACUCAAUUGAAAAAUUCACAGCCACAUUUCUAGAAGAGGAAUCAAGAUUGGAUAUUUUGGUCAAUAACGCUGGUAUAAUUGAAUCUCAUGGAGCUCGAACCGAAGAUGAUUUUGAGAUGAUUUUUGGAGUCAACCAUUUAGGUCAUUUUCACCUCACCAACCUUCUGCUUGAUCGUCUCAAAGAAGCACCUUCAGCCAGGAUUGUGAUCGUCUCAUCGUACGUGCAAAAGUAUCGAGGUAGAUUUAACUUUGACAUGGUGAAUAAGUACAACCCUCAAAAACUUGGUCCAAUUAACAAGACUUACAUUGAGAGCAAGGUGGCUAAUGUUCUCUUCACUCGUGGAUUGGCUAAACAACUCAAAGGAACAACAGUGACGGUUAACGCUCUUCACCCUGGUUUCAUCAACACACAGAUGGCAGAAAGGCUGAUUGAUAAUACCUCAGCAAGGCCAGCAUGGAGAAAGAUCAUACCGAUGGGCCUGAUAAUGAAACUGUUCUUCAAGACUCCUAUGCAAGGUGCCCAGACGUCUAUCUACUGUGCUCUAUCAGAAGAGCUGGAGGGUGUUUCGGGGAAGUUUUUCUCUGAUUGUAAGGAGUUGGUUCUCACUUCAGAGGGGCUUACCAGCGAAGAGGAUGCAGACAAGCUCUGGGACAUCAGUACUUCACUCAUUAACAGUGUGAAAACAAAAGGUCAAUAGUAACUGUAGCUCCUUACUUGUAGGCCAAUGGCAAUCUGAUGUGUGAUGCUUAUUUAAUAUGAUGCUUAUUUAAUUUUUAUCAUAUGAAUUUUGGUGUCUUGC